AUGGCGGCAGUCAACGUCACCUUAACGGAGACACAUAGGAGAAACACAAAUUUCAUCCUCAAAGUACUGGUGAGCCACAUACACCCCAGCAGUAAUCAAUAUCUUAGAUCAGUUCAAAGUCCAUUGCUUCUUUCUUCAUUACAUGUUCUGACAUUUCUCUCUCUUCCGUUUAUUGCAGGGAACCAUGCUAACUUUGCUUUAAUAAGUACCACAUACACCGGUGAACGCCAUCAGCACUUAUAUCCAAGCGGUGAGACCUACGACCAAGUACCAAGCUACUACGCAAGUGUUUCAACACAGCAAGCUGUCUUAAAUGGUAAGCAGAGAAUCUCGGCUUGA